ACCGUCCACUAGCAAAUGUGAUCUGGCCGUCAAUCCUGAAAUGAACGUAUUCCUAGCCGUAGCCGAUGGAGGUGUGUCCAAUCCAGACUGGUUCUUUUACUUUCAUCGUAUUUUCGGUGACCAAUAUGUUGCACUUGUUGACUAUGUACUUGUUUAUCUUUUGCUUCUUCGUAUACUUGAUGUAGAUCAGUUUUGGCAAGUAAAAGUAGUGCAGUUUCGUGCAGUUUGUGAUAGCCUUGUCUCAAGGACGUAUACAGAAUUCUCGAUUUCAACUGUAUCAAGCGUUGGAGUCUCUCAUUUUACACUGAGUAUAAAAGGCGUUGGUUACGAUAUCACACAGCACAGUCACACUGAACCUCAACGAGUAAACAAUCCUGCUCCAAUAAUGGCGUUCAAAUUCGUUCUGCUCGCUACUCUGGUAGCUGCCGCCAGCGCUGGUCUGCUUCCUGUGGCUCACCAUGGAUCGAUCGCCACGUCGCACUCCACCAUCCAGCACCAUGCUGCUCCCGCUAUCCAUCAUGUCGGAUCGGUCCACGCCGCCCCGGCUAUCUACCAGCACUCGGCCCCGGCUAUCGUCAAGACCAUUGCUCAGCCCACGAUCAUCAAGUCUGUAGAGCACCACGCUCCGGCCAACUACGAGUUCUCGUACUCCGUCCAUGACGAGCACACCGGAGACAUCAAGAGCCAGCACGAAACUCGCCACGGAGACGAAGUCCACGGACAGUACUCGCUGUUGGACUCCGACGGUCACCAGCGCAUCGUCGACUACCAUGCUGAUCAUCACACCGGAUUCAACGCCGUCGUGCGCCGUGAGCCCUCGGCUGUGAAGAUCGCUCAGCCCGUGCACAAGGUGAUCGCCCAGCCCGUGCAUGUGUCCAGCUAUGCCCAUGCUCCAGUAGCUCACGCCACUGUCCAGCACCACCAUGCUGCCCCGAUCGCGCACUACGCUGCCCCGAUCGCGCACCAUGCUGCUCCGAUCGCGCACUACGCUGCCCCGAUCGCGCACCACGCUGCUCCGAUCGCGCACUCAACCUCCAGCAUCGUCCAUGGACCGAGCCAUCUGAGCCAUCAUCAUUACUAAGAAUAAUUCUAGUGGUGUAACAAGGUCUUCAGCAACAAACCAGAUAGUUUAUAAAAGCAUAAAUAAAAAGCGAUUAAAAAUUAUAGCUGUGAAAUAUU